CUGAAGAAUCAAUAACUUGAACCUGGACCCUUUAAUUUUUGCAUUUCUCUUCAUUUCACAAUCCCUCCUUUGUCCUACUCUCCCAUGCAUACAUAUCUUAUCCUUUAUUUGUUCGAAUCUGUCGUCCUUACAUCUAUCUAUCGACUCAUAUACCCAUAGCAAUCUCACUCUACAAACUCAUCAUCAUAAUCCCCCAAGCAUAGACUAUCCUUAUCUUACUUGGAACGUGGAUUAUCGCCUCGAAGCCCUUCUGGACGGGCGACGAACCUCCCACCCCUAAUGGUCUUUAACGACCCCUUCUCUUGCUCAGCGGGAGCACAAACGAGACAAUAGCACCUGGCAUAUCGGGGAAUAACUUAAUCAAUUCGUUGUUACUGAUCCGAUGUGUUUCACUAUGCGUAAACGACCGACCGAAGCGACCCCGAGGCACGCGAAUACGAUGCGUCGCCGCCUCACUCUGAAUUCCGAACUCGGUACCAAUUCGAUGAAAGCUCUUAAACGAGCAAUUGCUUUGGCUUCGUUUGUCGCGCCAACCGUCGUACAUUUUCAAGGGGGAAAGAAGGAGGUUUACCUCAGCGCCGCCAUCCAGCGACACUUGCGGAAACUCUACGAUUCAUUACGUCGAGGAGAGUCCACUCUAUCUCGCAAAGCUUUUGCGAACUUCCUCGAGGGUGUGCAGGGCGAGAAUCUUCCCUUUUCAGACGUUUUAACAGAGGAGAAAUACAACUUUGAGAAAUUCCUUGAAGUAUGGUGGCUCCAAUUUAGCCUCGAAGCGGAAAAGCCCGCCUGCCCCGAAACCAAGGAUCUCUCGAAACCUAUUAGCAACUAUUUUAUUAGUAGCAGUCACAAUACAUAUCUAUCUGGCAACCAAUUGGCCGGUCGGAGUACAGCAGACGCAUACAGACGCGUCCUGAGAAGAGGAUGCAGAUGCAUAGAGAUAGAUGUAUGGAAUGGAGAUUCGCAAAGCUCAACCCCCGAUCAUCCACGAGACGCGUCGGCAAAACCAGUUUCGAGAUUCGAACAUGUUCGUCACCUCUCCGGCGGAAGUUUACAUACUGCUGCUGCUCAUUUUAAGGGCACAGUAGAAGAGACAAUUGAGAGGACUCGACAGAAGUUAGGGGUUGAGAAAGUUCACAGCCACAGCCCUAGAUGCAGCAAAUCCGAACUGACGCCGCCGCCCUUCGGCCGCGAGAUCGGCGGUGGUCUCGAUCCAGCUUCUCUCGCUCGCGAACUCGAUGUAGAACGUUCGUCUUUAAGGUCUAGGCCAUCAUUACCCCCAGAUGAACCAAUUGUGAUGCACGGCUAUACAUUUACUGCACCCGUUGGGUUCCGCGAGGUGUGCAGGGCAAUUCGAGAAGUUGGCUUUGAGACAACCAGUUUACCCAUCAUUGUGAGCUUAGAAGUCCACGCUGAUCAGGAGCAACAAGAAUCUAUGGUGAAAAUAAUGAAGGAAGAAUGGGCCGGAGUACUGGUCGACCAGCCUUACGAGACCUGUCCAAAUGGUCGGAUGCCCAGAUUAGAGGAAUUGCUCAACAAAAUACUCAUCAAAGUCAAAAAGGCAUCAUCUUUAGAUCCAGCGACCAUGUCAACGUUAGCUCCGAACUCAACAAUCGACGACGAUGCAUCCGGAUCAGAAGACGACAGACCUGCCUUCCCUAAUGGCGCGAAGAAGCCUAAGGUGCCUAUAUGCGAAAGUCUCAGCGCUCUUGCUAUAUAUACCCACAGCGAGCACUUCACAAAUUUUGAAUCGCCUGCUGCCAAAAGCCCAUCACACAUCUUCUCUAUAAGUGAGAAUAAGAUAUUAGAACUCGUGGUUUCCAAACACCACGAGCUGUUUUACCAUAAUCGACAUUUUUUCAUGCGUGCCUAUCCUAAAGGCCUUCGUUGGGACUCAUCUAAUCCUGACCCUACACAAUUUUGGCGCAAAGGUGUACAGAUGGUGGCCAUGAAUUGGCAAUCUUGGGAUGAGGGCAUGAUGCUUAACGAAGCUAUGUUUUCAGGCGAGCACGGAUGGGUACUGAAGCCGCCCGGCUACCGCAGCGAAGACGUGUGGCCGGGCCAGGAAGUUGAUCCUCCUCAUCACACUUCCUUAGAUCUAAUGAUUACGAUACUCGCUGGCCAGCACAUUCCGCUACCUGAGGGAGUUGAUAGCAGCAACUCCAGAUCCUUGAGGCCCCUGGUCAAGUGUGAAUUACACGUCGAAAAGGCGGAAGAACGGCUUGGGUCUUUUCUCGAAGGGAGCGGUAAGGUGCGCGAAUGUGACCUCAAGCAGAAAACCGCGGCUGGGAAGACGGAUCAUCCGGACUUCAGUUCCGUCAAAAACGAUCUCCAAUUCUUGGGUGUCCACAAAGUCAUCGAACAGCUCAGCUUUGUUAGGUAAGGAUUCCUACCAUGCUCCCCUUUCUCUUUACGUUUUCACAUUCACCAAAUUUCCCUUACUACAACAUCCGGCCGGAAGGAUACCUACAUAU